AUGCAUAUUCUUGUUACCAACGAUGAUGGCCCGCCAUCAGACCAGUCCUCACCCUACGUACAUUCGCUGGUGUCAACACUGCAGAAGCAUGGACACACCGUUUCAGUCGUUCUCCCACAUACCCAGCGGUCAUGGAUAGGCAAGGCACAUCUUGUGGGCAAGUCGAUACAACCGACGUACUACCGCCCUGCGCCCCUCCAAACCAACGCCGAAGGACGUCUCACGAACCAUGGCACAACCCAUAACUCGCCUCUACCGCCCUCAUCCAAUGAAGAAGAAUGGGUACUCGUCGACUCGACACCUGCGUCCUGCGUACAGAUCGGUCUCUACCACUACUUCUCCGACCGCGGCCCGAUCGAUCUCGUAGUCAGCGGCCCGAACUAUGGUCGCAACAGCACCGCCAUCUUCUCUCUAUCAUCGGGCACAAUAGGCGGCGCGAUGGAGGCAGCAGUGUGCGGCAUGAAGUCCAUCGCCCUCUCGUACGCGUUCUUCGACCGCAACCACGACGCUAAGAUCAUCAGCGACGCCAGCGAGCUCAGCGCAAAACUCAUACAACACCUGUGGGACAACUGGGACACAAACACACACCUCUACACAGUCAACGUACCGUUGGUAGAGAAUGUGGGAGAGCGCAAGAUUCUCUGGACGAACAUGCUGCAGAACUCAUGGAAGAGCGGAAGCUGUUUCCAGGUCGUCGAAGUACCCUCCGAAGCAGACGACACGCCAUCAGACAUUGAAGGACAGAUCCGCAAGCAAGAGGAGAAGUUCGGCAAAAAGGAGCUCAAGGCGAACUCGGAGAUUCAGGGUGGCGCAUCCGGCACGGACAGUGGACGAGAGACGCCUUCGGGCCAGGCGCAUAUGCGGUAUACACACAAGCACUUCAAGUGGGCGCCGACGUUUAAGGACGUGUACGAGAGUGUUGAGGCCAGCGAGCCGGGCAAUGAUGGAUGGGCGGUUGCGCAGGGGUAUACGAGUGUGACUCCGUUACGGGCAAACUUCAUGCAUGUGAAUGGAUUUGAGGGAGAGAUCAAGCUUGCCGGCGGCUCGUCGUAG